AUGCCGCCUUCUAAGCGGUCACGAAGGGCCUCGGGCCAACAAGAGGACGAAGUUGUGGAAGCGCGAGCAUCCAUGGCCAACGAUGUACAACCGGCCUCGAGCAGCCGAGCGGCAGCAGAGACGAACCGAGACGAAAGCUCCUCGGAAUCCGAAAGCGAAGACGGCGACAGCGAGGACGAUGACGUGCCCGCCUCUCCCCCACAGACCCAAUACGAACUGAUGAGAGACAAUGGCUUCCGACACCUCGCGAAUACGGAUUGGGACGACCAGCAAGCUACGCAGAAGAUCAAGCGUCGCACCACGUCACAGACCUUUGAUAACAUGGUCGCCGAGAGCGGCAUCAUUGAGAGCAUCACCUGCUACAACUUCAUGUGCCACGAGCGAUUGCAUGUGGAGCUUGGCCCUCUGAUCAACUUCAUCGUUGGAGAGAACGGUAGCGGCAAGAGCGCUGUCCUGACGGCUCUCACCCUGUGCCUUGGUGGCAAGGCCAGUGACACCAACAGAGGCGGAAGCCUCAAGUCCUUUGUCAAGGAGGGGCGCGAGCAUGGAAGCCUCGUAGUCAAGAUCAAGAACGCCGGCUCCGACGCAUACCAGCCCGACAUCUACGGACCGUCCAUCACCGUCGAGCGUCACUUCACCAAAUCUGGAAGCAGCGGCUUCAAGAUCAAGACGGCCGAGGGCAAGGUUGUCUCCACCAAAAAGCAGGAAGUCGACGAGAUAUCGGAGUGGUAUGCUUUGCAAAUAGGGAACCCAUUGACUGUCCUCUCCCAAGAUAACGCGAGACAAUUCCUCAACUCCGCCAGCCCGGCACAAAAGUACAAGUACUUUGUUUCCGGCGUUCAGCUCGAGCAGCUGGAUAACGAUUACAAGAUGUCCCAAGACACGCUGGAUAAGACGCUCAUUCUACGUGAUGAUCUCGACGAGAAGAUUGCACAUGUAAAGAAGGCCAUGGACGAUGCGCAAAGACUCGCCGAAAUCGCUCAAAAGAACCAAGGCCUGCGCGAAAAGGCAAGGCUUUACCGCAAUCAGCUCGUCUGGUCGCAAGUCGUCGAGCGUGAAAGGGAGCUUGAGCGGCGCAACGCUGAUCUGGUUAGGCGUGAUCGAGAGCUCGUCUCCUGGCAAGAGGACGUCGACGAGGCGACGAGGCAGCUCGAGGAAACCGACGAGUUGCUGGCCCGGGCUCAAGAGGCCCGCAACGCUCUCGAGACGGAGGAGAAUACCUUUGAGGAAAGAGUGCUGGAGGCAGAGGUUGCGUGGCACGAGGCAAAGAAGAGACAAAUGGAGCUGCAGGGCGAGGAGCGAGAUGCCCACAUUCGAUUGAAGACGCUGCGGACCGACAUACUGUCCUGCGAGAGCAAGAUCAAGGAGGAAGAGAACCGGCUGGACGGCUCAUCGGCCUCUGCACGCGCGGCGAAAGACCAAGAGCUCUCCGAGGCCAUCGCACAGGAGAAGAGACUUGCCGAGCAAAUUGAGGACGCCAAAAGCAAGACGCAAUCGUUCAAGGAUAGGGCUGCGGAAGCCAAGGAAGCACUCCGACGAGCAGAGCAAUUCCUCCAGAGGAAGAAGCAGGAGGAAACCGUGGCCAAGAGGGGCGUCAGAGAACUCGAACAGAGCAAUGGCUCAGCCUCUGACGGAUUUGACCCGGACCUCAUCAAGCUGUCCAAGGCCAUUGAGAGAGAAGGCGGUUUCGAGAGCAAGCCUAUAGGGCCCAUUGGCCUCCACGUUACCCUCCGAAAGCCAGAGUGGUCCAGCAUCCUCGAGAAAACUUUUGGUGAUGUGCUGAACGCGUUCGUCGUCAAGAGCAAGAGGGACCAGUCCAGGCUGUCGAGUAUUAUACAGAAGAUGGGCCUUAGGAAGCAGCCGCCCAUUUACAUUGCGUACGGAGGUACAAUCGACACCAGGUCCCAGGAGCCCGAUGAGAAAUUCGAUACCAUUCUCAGAGUCCUCGACUUUGAUGAUGAGCUCGUGCGGUCGCAGCUGGUCAUCAACAAUCAGAUCGAGAAGAUCAUCCUCAUCAAGGAGCGCCUUGAAGCGGAACGAGUCAUGAUCGAUAACGAUGGUCCUCCUCUGAACGUAGCGGCGUGCAUCUGCUUUCACGAUGGCCGAGGGAAACGCGGUCACGGACUGAGAAUUACGAACCGAUUUGGAACCAUAGGUACCAGCCCGGUCACGCCGUCGGGAAUGCAGCCUCGAAUGCAGUCAGACUCGGCUCAACGGCUGCUUGUAGCGAAGGAGAACCUCAGACAGCUGGGUCUGGAGGUGAAGGAACUCACAAACGAGGAGCGGCAGGCGCGUCAACGACUGAGUAGCUGCGAGUCUGACCUCUCGUCGCAUCACUCUGCAAUCAAGGAGUGGGAAAACGAUCGUCGUAGGAUCCAGGCCGACAUCCAGCGGAUUACCGAGGAACUGGAUGCGUUUGAAGGUGUUGACGGGCGUCUUGUUGCGCUGCGGGAGGAGCGAGAAGCGAAGCGCACCGAAGAAGAGCAGCUCGGUCUGCAGUAUGGCAACCUGAAGCUGGAAAAGCGGGAGCUGAGCAAGAAGACAGAGGAGGCCAGGGCACGUCUCGACGCGGAAAAAGACGUGCGUAAGGAUCAUGAAAGCCGCGUGGCCAAGGUGGUUGACAAGAUUGAGACACUUGAACGGCUGCGCAAGGUCAAAGUUGCCGAGAAGAACAGUGCUUUCGAGAGACUGGAUAUCGAGAGACAGGAGAGACGCCGAGCAGAGGCCAAGCGUGACCAGAAGGUCGCCGAGGUGGCCGAGUUUGUCCAGCAGGCGCGGCAAGCGGCGCCGGAUCGCGUCCACAUCCCCGAAGACGAGACAUACGAGAGUCUCGAGAUCAAAUACCAGAGAGUUUGCGAGCAGCUGGCGCAGCGCGAGGCUCGGCAGGGAGCCACGGACCAGCAGAUUUACGACCGAGCCAUCGAGGCCCGGGCGCAGUACGAGGACGUGAUGAAGAAGACGAGGGACGUGGACGAGACCAUUGCGAGCCUGAAGCAAGCCAUUGAGCACCGUCUUCACCUGUGGAGACAAUUCCAGAGGCAGAUCAGCGCCCGGAUACGCAUCCAGUUCACCUACCUCCUCAGUGAGCGUGGCUUCAGGGGCAAUAUCGAUCUCGAUCACCGGGCCAGGCGCGUCAACAUCAACAUUGAGCCCGACAAGACGCGAAAGAGCUCCUCGGGCCGCAACACCAAGACGCUGUCCGGAGGCGAAAAGUCGUUUUCGUCGAUCUGCAUGCUCCUCUCCGUGUGGGAGGCCAUUGGAUCGCCGAUACGGUGUCUGGACGAGUUUGACGUCUUCAUGGACAAUGUUAACCGAGCGAUUAGCACCAACAUGCUGGUGGAUGCCGCUCGACGAUCGGUUUCGCGGCAGUACAUUUUGAUCACGCCGAAUGCCAUUGAAGGCCGCGCUCGGCUUGAUAAAGACGUCAAGAUUAUCCGCUUGACCGAUCCUCGCCAACGAACCCUUGUCUAA